CGGGAACUGUUGCCAUCCCUACCCUAUGGUUCCGAUGAAGCGCCAGAAAAGAGUCCACAUGACCACAUCGGUCUCUCCGGUUCUUUAAUUGCGCGCCAAUCUGUUUUAUAUAUACGGAGAGAGCACUCCUGUUUUGUUGCAAAUUCUAUUACUAGCUGCAAAAGGGCGUGUUUGAGACUAGCGGACCGACCUUGAAGUUGAAGUUGAAAAGGUCGGCCUGCGCGGCGAUGGAUGUCAAGUGCCGGCGUCUGGAGGGGAAGGUGGCCAUCGUGACGGCGUCCACGAUGGGGAUCGGCCUCGCCAUCGCCGAGCGCCUCGGUCUGGAGGGCGCCGCCGUCGUCAUCUCCUCCCGCAAGCAGAAGAACGUGAACGAGGCGGUGGAGGGGCUCAGGGCCAAGGGUAUCACCGCGGUUGGUGCCGUCUGCCACGUCUCCGACGCACAGCAGCGCAAGAGCCUCAUCGAGACGGCCGUCAAGAGCUUUGGGCACAUAGAUAUUCUUGUCUCCAAUGCUGCCGCAAAUCCUUCUGUAGAUAGCAUACUUGAAAUGAAAGAGUCUGUUCUCGAUAAGCUGUGGGAUAUUAACGUCAAGGCUUCUAUCCUUCUUAUUCAGGAUGCUGCUCCUCACCUACGGAAGGGGUCAUCUGUGAUUAUUAUUUCUUCAAUUGCUGGUUACAAUCCAGAACAAGGAUUGACAAUGUAUGGUGUCACAAAGACUGCUCUCUUUGGUCUCACGAAGGCUCUUGCUGGUGAGAUGGGACCCGAUACUCGUGUUAACUGUAUAGCCCCUGGUUUUGUUCCUACACGGUUUGCUAGUUUCCUCACAGAAAAUGAGACCAUUAGGAAAGAGCUUAACGAGAGGACCAAGCUUAAGAGAUUGGGUACUGUGGAAGACAUGGCUGCGGCUGCGGCUUUUCUGGCGUCUGACGACGCAUCAUACAUUACGGCUGAAACCAUUGUUGUUGCUGGAGGGGUGCAGUCUAGGCUGUAAAUCUGGCUGAAGUUUAUAUUUACUUGGUUAAUAAUGUGUACUAGUGCCCUAGAGCAUCAGGCGUGGCUAAUAAUGUGUACUAGUGCCGCUAGAGCAUCAGGCUACCUUCUAUAUAUGACAGGCAACUCUAAAAGAUUUUCUAUAUCUUAUUCCUCUU